GGCGGAGCCAUUGUAAUCCAUUAACUGUACUUUGAAAAUUUAUAUUUACUAAAUAAAAAAAAAUGAGAGAAAGAAACAGAACUGCCAUUUGAUCCAGCAAUCCCACUCCUGGCUAUAUACCCGAAAUACAUGAACUAGUUGUUAUCAAAGAGAUCCCUGCUCCACCCUGUUUAUUGCAGCAUUGUUCACAAUAGUCAAUGUAAGGAGCAACCAAGAUGUCCAUCACCAGAUGAACACAAAAAGAAAAUGUGAUAUGAUGCAUGAUGGAAUAAUAUUCAGCUAUAAAAAAGAAUGAAAUCCUGUCAUUUGCAGCAACAAGGAAGGAACUUGAGGAUAUGGUGUUACCUGAAAUAAGCCAGUCACACAAAGACAAAUACUGUGUGUUCUCCUUCACAUGUGGAAGCUAAGGAAAUUCAUUCUGAACACAAAAUGCUGAUUAUUAGAGCCUGGGAGGGCUGGAGGGAUAGAGGGAGUUUGGAUAAUGGGUUCCAAAUCAGAGUCGGAUUGAAGGAGAAGGGCCCUGGUGUCACACAGCACAGUGGGGUGACUGUCAUUCACAUUAACCUAUUCUGUGUUUCAUGAGCAAGUAGAAAACAGUGCUCCAGUCACAAAGUGUUGACAGAGAGGGGAAAUGGUGGUUACCCGGAUUGGAUCAGAUCUCAUCCUAAGCAUGCCUUGGAAUGUCACACUGUAGCCCAUAAAUAUGUACACUUAUUCGUAAUAUUUUUAAGUCAUUAACUUAUACAAAUAUUAUUUGAGUCCCUACAGUAUGCCAUUCAUUUCCUGGGAAGCCAAAACAUAGACAUCAGGACCAUUAUGGGAUUCUGUUCCAUGGGAAGAAGGGGAUGUUGAAGAAAUGAACAGAGCAUAGAUCAAUUGCAAACAGUUGGUUCAAAGUCCAUGGGGUGCUGAGCUCCUCUCAGUGAGGUCAGAGGGAAGAGCUGAGGUGGGAAAUUUCUUCAUUUUCCAGGGUUCCACAUCAACAGAAAACUCACCUGCAACCAGAUCCUAGAUCAGGGUCUCUCUCUCUCUCUCUCAAUCUCUCUCUCUCUCUCUCUCUCAAUCUCUCUCUCUCUCUCUCUCUUAAAACAACCAAACAAGGCUCUUUCCCUUCUACAAUCCUUUAUGGAGCUUCCUUCUCAAUUGAGGUGCUAAAAGAACAGAACACGAGUCAAAAAAAAAAAAAAAAAAAAGAGCCGGUGCCGUGGCUCAAUAGGCUAAUCCUCCACCUUGCGGCGCCGGCACACCGGGUUCUAGUCCCGGUUGGGGCGCCGGAUUCUGUCCCGGUUGCCCCUCUUCCAGGCCAGCUCUCUGCUAUGGCCAGGGAGUGCAGUGGAGGAUGGCCCAGGUGCUUGGGCCCUGCACCCCAUGGGAGACCAGGAAAAGCACCUGGCUCCUGGCUCCUGCCAUCGGAUCAGCGCGGUGCGCCGGCUGCAGCGGCGGCCAUUGGAGGGUGAACCAACGGCAAAGGAAGACCUUUCUCUCUCUGUCUCUCUCUCUCACUGUCCACUCUGCCUGUCAAAAAAAAAAAAAAAAAAAAAAAAAAAAAAAAAAACAGAACACUGGACUAAAUAAUUUGGUUCAUUGUUAGGUACCACAAUUAGUACAAGUCAAAUGAUUAAUUAGUAUUAUAACUGCUUAUGUUAUUUUGUUCGCAUCCUACCAUAAGAGAUAAUUUUAAAAAUUCCCCUAAUUAUUAUAAUAUUGCAAAAAAACCUGGAUUUUAAUACCUGCUUAUGCUUUUCUUUUGCAUUAAUUGCCUAUUUACUAUAAAACUAUAGCUAAUUUCUACAGUACAAAAUUUUGCAAGUGUUGCUUUAUGUGUUUAAUUAUAUCAAUUAAUUAUUUGCAUGAUUUAACAACCCAUAGGAUACCAAAGAAAUGAUCAUUAAAAAGCUUAAAAUUGCUGACUACUUCUGAGGUAAACCUGGAAAGGAUUCAACCUGGAGAAUGAUUGAUUUCUCACUGACGUCUUUGUGUCAGAAACCCACAGUACUUGAGAAAGACAUACUGUAAUUUUCCCACAGAAAAGCAUACUGCCAAAUCCCAACAUUUGAAAAGCUUGAAGACGUUACAAGUGUAAUUGCAUAUCAACAAGAAAGCUGCAUGAGUGUCCUACAGUUUCUGUUUUAAGUACAAUAACUUGUAGAGGUCCUAGCAGUCAAGGCAAAGUCACAGUUCUUUUCUGCCAUGGUUCAGACAACUGUAGCGAGUGCUGUUUACAUCAUAGGCACCAUGCUAAUUCAGAAAGAUUCUUCUAGAAUUUUCUGCCAUAUGAACAUUCUAAUGAAGGUUGUACAAAUAUUACGCAGUCACUACAAUUAUGUUUCUGUUUUCUUUUCCGUAUUGAAUGUUUACAUUCUCAAAGCAUUCCCAAUCAAUAGCAUUUAUUGACUUUGUUUUCUCCUUUCUCAGCUAUUUCCUUACUUGUUUAGCUUUAUGCAUUCUUCUUAUGGUGUUUUAUCUAUUUAUUUCAUUGCGGGUGUGGGGGAUAUGUUGCCCUCUUUGUAUUAAUAGCUGGAUUGGUCAGUGGGUGCUGGGGCUUAGUGCCAGCCAAGGAGGAUACAGAGAAGUCGGGGUUUUUUCCAGGACUACUUUCAACCUUGAUUACUGACCUCUGGGUAAUGUUGCACUAGAUUCUGGCUGAGUAUUUGCUGAGGAUUCCUAUUGUGCUUGUCUCAGCUUUGGUUGAAAACAAGAUCAGGACCAACAGGAGCUGAGCUGUUUCUACAUAGCUCUUCCUUCAUUUCCCCUUUCUGUCCCAGGCCUCCUGCAAGCCUGGUGUGAAUACUGAUCUCACUUAAAUCUGCAGCCUGGACCAUGUGAAGACCUGGAAAUCUAAACAGAUUCACAAGACAAGGGGAACUCUGCAUCAUCAGAUCCAAACAAGCCAUCUCCAUGUGCAAGUCCCUUCUACCUUCAUCCUUUCUUGGAGGCAAAAGCACACCCUUGUAUCCUUACACAAACUGCCCACCCAGACAUGAUCCUUGAUGCUGCCUCCCACACAGGGGUCACCUAGACACUGCCCCCAGCCCAGAGGUCACCCUCGACACUGUCUCCAGCCCAGGGGUCACUCUUGACACUGCCUCCAGCCCAGGGGUCACCCUCGACACUGCCUCCAGCCCAGGGGUCACCCUCGACACUGCCUCCAGCCCAGGGGUCACCCUCGACACUGCCUCCAGCCCAGGGGUCAUCUUUCAUGCUGCCUCCCUCUUCCUCACACUGCUGUUCAACCAGAAUUUCUGUUAAUGCUCAUCCAUGAGUAUCUUGCACCAUUUUUCACUUCUGCCCACCACCAAGGGCUUCAUGUUCACCAUCUCUUUCUAAAGAAGUGACCUCCCCAAUGGCUAACGCACAGCCACGCUGUGUCCUUUAAAUGGUUCUCCUACUGCAUUUAUGUGAAUACAUCAGCGUUGGCUGCCUGUGCUCCAUCCACCCCGUGGAACACUCCACAGAGUCUAUCAGCAAAGUGUCCUGUCGAGUCUGGAAUGUUCCAGCACCUCUCACAGCCUGAGUGCUCCCUACCUAGGCCUUUCGCCUCAGCACACGUUUGGUUUUCCCACCAGAAUAUGACCUUCCUGCUGUAAGUCACUGGAACUUCCUGUUCUUUCUAGUGUGGACUCUUCACUCAUUCCUGCCCUCUGACACAUUUUACAAGGAUUUAUUGGACUCUGGACUGAUGUUUCUGUGAGCGCAGGUGCCGUGCUUCCCUUGCUUACUACCCGAUCCAUGUCCUGCAGCUUGUUGCCACCCCGCACCACAGACCCAACCUCACACUGAGAAAUGAAGUCGGCCUCCCUCAGACUGGGUGACAGGAAGACUGAUAACAACGCCUCCCUGUGGCAGCAGUGGUCAGCACAGCUCCAGACAAACUUGAGACGUUCGUUAGAAAGGUGAAGCCGUGGCCAGCAGAUUCUCAAGACACAGACUGGAAAGCAGACGUUUUUCCUGCUGAUUGUAUGGGAGAAAUUUUUGACCUUAGCAAGUGGAGAUGAGGUUACUAUGGAAACUGGUAAUUCUGCUGCCACUCAUAAGCUCUUGUGCAGGGGACGGUGCUGUGAGUUGCCCUGCAUUUACCCAGGAGCCACGAGACGUCACUUUCCCUUUGGGUUCAUCAGCAUCCGAAGUCAUCCUGAGCUGUGCUGCUGCCGGUUACCCUGCACCUCAUUACAGGUGGAGGCACAACGGCACUGCCAUUGAUUUUGCCGUGAGUGAACGCUACAGGCUGGAGGGAGGGAGCCUGGCCAUCAGGAGCCCCCGCACGGAUCAAGAUGCAGGUGUAUACCAGUGCCUGGCCACCAAUCUCCUGGGGACCACUGUGAGCCGGGAGGCGAGACUGCAGUUCGCCUAUAUCGAAGACUUUGAAGCCAAGGCCAGAAGCGCCGUGUCCGUGCGAGAAGGCCAGGGCGUGGUGCUCCUGUGCGGCCGGCCGCCCCACGUCGGAGAUUUGUCUUACGCAUGGGCGUUCAACGACAGCCUCCUGAGUGUGCACGAGGACAGGAGGCGGUUCAUAUCCCAGCAGACGGGAAACCUGUACAUCGCCAAGGUGCAGCCGUCGGAUGUCGGCAACUACACCUGCUUCGUCACCAACAGGGAGGCCAGGAGGAGCGUGCGAGGCCCACCCAGCCCCUUAGUGCAGCGAGCCGAUGGUGUGAUGGGGGAAUAUGAGCCAAAGAUUGAAGUGCGUUUUCCCGACACUGUCCCAGCCGCAAAGGAUUCGUCUGUAAAACUGGAAUGCUUUGCCCUUGGAAAUCCGGUCCCUGACAUUAGCUGGAGGAGGUUGGACGGAAGCCCGUUGCCAGGCAAAGCCCGGUUCAGCAAGUCCCAAGCUCUCCUGGAGAUCCCGAACUUCCAGCAAGAAGACGAAGGCGUCUACGAGUGCGCGGCGGGCAACCUGCGAGGAAGAAACCUUGCGAAAGGUCAACUCGUUUUCUACGCCCCUCCAGAAUGGGAACAAAAGAUCCAAAACACACACCUCUCCAUCUACGACAGCUUGUUCUGGGAGUGCAGAGCCAGUGGAAAGCCGAGCCCGUGGUACACCUGGUUCAAGAACGGGGAGCCCCUCCACCCUGAGGAGAGGAUUCAGAUAGAAAACGGGACGCUCGUCAUAACCACGCUCAACGUGUCUGACUCUGCCGUCUACCAGUGCGCUGCAGAAAACAAGCAUGGGGUCAUCUCCACCAACGCAGAGCUGAGGGUUUUAGCCUCGGCUCCAGAUUUCUCCAGAAAUCCCAUCAAGAGACACUCCAUUGUUCACGUUGGUGGGGACGUCACCAUCGAGUGCAGGCCGAGAGCUUUCCCCAGAGCAACUGUCUCCUGGAGAAGAGGGGCAGAGGGCCUGAGACAGAGCAGGAGGCUGCUUCUCCUGGAGGACGGCGGCCUCAAGAUACACAACGUCACCAGGUCGGACGCUGGGCCGUACACGUGCCUAGCCACAAACCAGUUCGGCACUGCCAGGGACACCAGUCAGCUGAUUGUGAAAGAGAGGACUGUCAUAACCGUGCCGCCGUCCAACAUGGACGUUACCGUCGGCGAGAGCAUCAUCCUGCCCUGCCAGGUGUCGCGCGACCCCUCCACCGCGGUGGCGUUUCUGUGGUUGUUCAACGGCGACCUCAUAGACCUGAGAAACGGAGCCACUCACUUUGAGAGGGUUGGAGGAGAAUCUGCUGGGGAUUUGAUGAUACGGAAUAUCCAGCUUCGUCACUCUGGGAGGUACCUGUGCACCGUGCAGACGCCCCUGGAAAGUCUGUCUGCUGCGGCUGAUGUCACUGUCAGAGGCCCCCCAGGUCCGCCGGAGGGCGUGAGCGUGGAGCACGUCUCCAGCACCAGCUCCCACAUUCGCUGGCGGCCAGGCCCCGACAACAACAGCCCCAUCCAGAUAUUCACGGUGCAGACGCGGACGCCGUUCUCCGUGGGCUGGCAGGCUGUGGGGACAGACCCAGAGAUCCUCAGCGGGCAGACGUACAACGCCACGGUGGUGGGGCUGAGUCCUUGGGUGGAGUACGAAUUUCGAGUUGUUGCCGGGAACAGCAUUGGCAUCGGAGAGCCGAGUAAACCUUCAGAACUGCUGAGGACGAGAGCCUCAGUGCCUGCUGUGCCUCCUGUCAACAUCGAAGGCGGUGGAGGGAGCCGCUCUGAGCUCGUCGUCACCUGGGAGCCCAUUGCAGAAGAGCUACAGAGUGGAGACGGAUUUGGGUACCUGGUCAUGUUCCGGCCACUGGGCUCGACAGCCUGGACCAAGGCCAGUGUGGCGUCCGUGGAAUCCUCCAGGUUUGUCUACAGGAACGAGAGCAUCGCCCCCCUGUCUCCCUUUGAAGUCAAAGUGGGCGUGUACAACGACCAGGGGGAAGGGUCGCUGAGCCCCGUGUCCAUCGUCUACUCCGGGGAGGACGAACCUCAGCUGGCCCCUCGGGGAACUUCUGUCCAGAGCUUUUCGGCUUCUGAAGUGGAGGUUUCCUGGAACGCUAUCGCCUGGAACAGAAACACGGGAAGAGUGCUGGGCUACGAGGUCUUGUACUGGACGGAAGACUCCAGAGAGCCCAUGAUUGGCAAAGCCAGAGUUAGUGGAAACAUCACCACCAAGAACAUCACUGGGCUGAAGGCUAACACCAUCUACUUUGCUUCCGUGAGAGCCUACAACACGGGUGGGACAGGGCCCUCCAGCCCCCCGGUCAAUGUCACCACCAAGAAGUCUCCUCCAAGCCAACCCCCAGCAAACAUUGCCUGGAAGCUCUCAAACUCUAAACUGUGCUUGAACUGGGAGCACGUGAAAACCAUGGAAAAUGAGUCGGAAGUGUUAGGCUAUAAGAUUCUCUACAGGCAGAGCAGGCAGAGUAAGAUGCACGUUCUGGAAACCAACAACACCUCGGCGGAGCUGCUGGUUCCCUUCGAAGAGGAUUACUUGAUAGAAAUAAGAACCGUGAGCGACGGUGGAGACGGGAGCAGCAGCCAGGAGAUCCGGAUCCCCGGAAUGUCCAGUUUGAGUUCCAGAGGAAUUCAGGUCUUGGGCUCCAGUGCCCACCUCCUGCCAGCCGUGCUGGUUUCUGCUGUCUCCCUGUUCGGCCGCUUCUCUGACGAAUGAACCACAAAUCUGCACUUUUGAAAGCAGUUAACUCUGACACAUUCUUUACACGGACUUGUUUGGAGAGAAAGUGUAUAUUAUUAAGAUCUUGUAAAUAUCUGUGGCACAUUAAUAAACAGAUUUUAAACAUGUUUGGAUUCUGAUCGCAUACACGUGAAGGUGCCACAUGACCCGAGGAGCAGUGGCUGCCGGGACUUGAGGGUAACCAGCCUGGGGUGGUGGUGUCAGUGUCCCCUGAUGAUGGCAACGAUAGGAACUCAGUCUCCAGUCACCACCGCCGGGUGCACCCCCAGUGCUGCAGCCGGUUCACCCCAAUGCCUGAAAGGUGCACCCAACUCAAAAACACAAUGUAAGUCUUUGUUUAUAGUUGAGAUUAUUUAAAAGUGUAAGCCUGCUAACCACGGUGAGCUUCUACCUCUGGCCUGAGCUGCAGCGAGGCAGCUGCCGGCAGCCCAUCACUGUGCAGUGUCCACCUGAACCAGCUUCCGCGAGUUGCAGAGCGAGUGAGCAGAAUCAGGCACCUCCUGGAGACCUCCCCCCACCCCGCCCCUGCAAGGCGUGGGUAUGGCGGCCAUUUCUCACUGCAAAGCUCAGCUUUCCACUGACCCCACACUCCCGACUUGCAAGAGGCAUGGGUGUGUCGCAGGCAAUUAUUAAGAACUGAGAGCAGAGUGUGUGGCCUCCUUGUAUGAACCAAAGAAGUCUGGGAGCAGAACUGUUGGACCAGAUUUGCUAUGCUUUGGUCUAAAUACCUGUGUGAGCUAUAACAUAACAGACAAUAACAGCGAGAGCUUAGGGUUUUGUGACUUGGUUCUGUCCAGGGUUAACCGAGUGUUCAGGACACACACUCUGGAGAAGGUCCAGACAUGACACGGCCACUCUGGCCACCAGGUUCCCUCACAGCACCUCAGGGCGUGGGUCCUGCUCUGCUGCCCGCACAGCCAGCUUUGCUGUCCUGGGCCUCAGGUGAGAAGUGGGCUCACUAGUGUUGCCUUCUUAGCAGGGUGCAGAUUUCAGUUAUGAGGAAAACACCUGAACCAUACCCACAGCCCUCAAAUCACACAGUUCUCAAUGCUGGAUUCUGUCCUCUUUACUUCUAAAGUAUGCAGAAGUCUGAACACCCAGGACACGCUCCUCGUCUGAACGGCACAAGGUCCCACGCCUGCCUCUCCCCGGUGCUGCAAGCUAAGAAGCAACAGCAAACACUCGUGGUCACAGCUGCGGUCUGUCCCACGCUCGUCCUGAGUCCAGGCAGUGUCCAUACGUGGACAGGAUGUGUGUCUUGCUCCCCGUGACUGGCACGUUAGGGGCACAGGCAUGUGUGCGAGGCUCUGACAGCUGGCACGGUUCUCACUCAUAACUUUUAGUGUCUGCAGAGUGCACGUUGCUUCGUGAGUUGUGAGUUCUUAAGUCUACUCACUAUCUGCAAUAUCCCUGACAUGUCCUCAAUUCACUCUCAACUUCUCAGGAUAUAACCUGCAUAAACACUCAGCCGCAUGUGCUUGGCUCGUUUCAGACCUCCACAGUUAGCAAGCCCGGGGCAGGCCCCGGACCACCUUCAUUUCACUGAUGCUGGGGUUGCAGUACACAGAGCGGGGCAAUGGAAGUUGUCUACGCAGAGCUGCUGUCCUCUUCUGCUCUGAAUGAAAGCCCUGAUUUUUAACUUACUGCGUUUCUUUGGUUUUAAUAUAAUCUAAAACAAAUUCAGUAUUUUAUCUUAAUGUCAAAAUCUUUACAUGGCAAAAUAGUUUCUAUAAAAAUGCAAAAGUGGGUACCAAGAUGGCAGAGUAGGGAGGGAUCUUACUGGUCUAGCCCAGGAGAAGAUUGUUUUAAAAUGUGGAGAUAGUGUAUUCUCAAGGAAGAGUUAGGGAGAAAAUGGCAGAGGAAACUCGAGCGAAAUCAGAGGGGCACAGUAGACCUACGUGGAGGGCAUGGGCGCCCACGACUCGGGACUCCAACAGCCAAGAGCCUACACACCAGUGUUGGAAAGUGAGGUGAGACCAGACCCCAGCAUCCAAGCCACUGCUGAGAAAGCUGCAAGAAGAGCUGAGAGGGAACCAGCUUGGAGCCCCAUGGGGGGACGUGCACCAGCCAAACUAGAGGAAAACCAGAAAAAGGUAGGACAGACACGUCACUCUCCACUCACUGGACAGUGGUGGGCGCCAUUUUGGACAUACGUAACAGCUGCGCCAGCAACCAGCCAGGACUCCUGACUCUGGUGGGAGGACAAACAGGGCCGGGAGCCUGUGUGAGGCUUCUGUGCUGGGACUGAAAAUCCGAGGGUGUGUGGGAGGACUCACGGUGUGGCUGGCACUUCGGCAGUCUCAAUGGGAGACGCCACAAGCAAGGGGUUCCUGGCUACUUGGAGAGAGACGUUGCGGGGGAACCGACCUUACACAGAGGACUGCACAGGUCCUUUGUGUGGUCCUCGGGACAGAGCGGAUGAGUAUUAUACCCAGCGGGGCUGUCACUCAAGCAGUGGUCUGCACUGAGGAGGGGAGCUCAGCUGAGCAGAAUAAAUUUCCCUUCUGAUUAAACAGUGAAGACUGACCAGGCCAAAUCUGGGUGUGCCGCCCGAGGCACGCCCUUAACCCUGCAGAAACGAACAGAGCUCUCUGGCCACACCCACUA